AUGGUUUCGGACGAACACUACGAUUUGUGCCUGCCCAUUCUGCAGGACACGACUUUAGAAGAUGAGGACAAGACAGACAAGCUGGAGGAGCUUCUGAAGAAGGAGACCAGCCUGACUGGCUCCUCGUUAGAAAAUGUAAUUCUCGAUGCAAUGUGGAGGUUUCGAGAAGGAGGAGGCUCGUCAGCUUCUCCCCCUCCGAUACGAUCGUCCAUCCUGCGACGACCGUCUCCGGCCUCUUGGCGCGGGUCCCCGACGCCAUUAUCCGGCUCUCCAAGACUUGCCGUGAGCCCUCUCGCUCCGCCAGGCUUCAUCCCUUCAACCUUCCAAAGGGCCAAGUCAUCUACCGCCUCUCCCUUCUCUUCGCCGCGAGCAUCCCCCCGGCUGGCCCUAGCCACACCAGUUAUCCCUCACAGUCCAAGCCUGAACGCUUACGAAUUCGCCAGCGAUGCCAGCCCUGCGACCGAGAUUCUCGGCGAUUAUCAAUCUGAGAAUGUGGAGUGGCUAGUCAACGACGACGCUGCCAGCACAUCAUCAUCUGUCGGCACGCCCAGUCUUUUGAAUGCCGCCGCCCCGGAGUUUUCAUCCAUGUCCUCGCAACAGAUUGACAUGUCUCCCUACGACAUGCUCCGAUCAAUCCUGGGCCAAACCAGAACAGAUGAGGAGAUCGAGGCUGCGCUGGCCUCACACGGCUACGAUUUGAGUGCUACCAUUGCGUCCAUCAUGGAAAGCCAAAGCCAAGACGGAGGGCCCCCUCUGAAUAGCCUGGAUGAGCCUAAGAGCGUGUUGAUCGGGAAGUCGAUUUCGUCAGACGGACGACCAGUUACGCCCAAUAGUCAAUCCAAAGGCAGUGUCAUUUGCAAGUUUUACAUGUCCACCGGCCAGUGUUUACGAGCCGACUGUCGAUUUAGCCACGAUCUGAGCAACCAUCUCUGCAAAUAUUGGAUCAUGGGCAAUUGUCUUGCCGGCGACCUUUGUGUAUUUUCUCAUGAUCCAUCAAGAUUUAUGAACAAGCUUUCUCUGGAUGACCCAAGCGGCACGAGCAAGAGUCAGGGCAAUAUUUCGCUGCAGGAUAUGGCAUCUUUUCCUGCAUUGCAGCAUGGAGGAGAAAGUUUCAACAAUUUUGGCGGUGCGGGUGCCAGCCUCAUAGCUUCUGGCUUGAAUCCGCCCCAAGGGCCCAGAAGCUACCAUGGCGCGGAGAGUCCCCGGUUGCGCUCCCGGCCCGGUAGCCGCCACCAGGUCAAGGAUUUUACUACUGCUGCUCCCGCUAUUGACGAUAAUGAGGCGUUCCCGUCCCUUGGCUCUGCUCCGGCGAAACAGGGCAAGAAACACCAUGGCAAGCGUGGUGGCCAUGGACACCACAAGGAAAAUGUUAUCCCAAACUCCCUGGCGGACAUUGUCAAGAUGUCACCUUCACCCACUCCCGGUUCGCCCAGACUUGAGUCUAGAAGAUUAGGUAACGGUAACUCUGGUGCCAACAGGAAUGGUGAGAAUAGCGCAGCAGCCCAGGCUAUCCAAAGCCCGAAACACAUUCCUUGGCUGGAAACCGGUGAUCGAGUGAACAAGGCGUACCUUAAGGCUCGCCAAGAGGCCAUCAAGCACGGUGGCCUCCGCAAUAAAUUUUUGCAAAGUGCUGCUCAAGCCUGGAACCGAAACGAUGCCAGAGCCGCCAAGGCUCUUAGUCUGCGAGGACAAAGUGAAAACGAAUUGAUGCGAAAAGCACAUAGAGAGGCAGCACGAGAACUUUACGAGCAUCGCAAUAAGCAUAUGGGCACCGCAGCCGAGAUUUAUGUAGACCUUCACGGGCUUCACCCAGAGGAAGCAGUAGAAUAUUUGGAGAAGAUUCUCAUGGAUAACAGCAAAGAAUCGCGGCCUGUCUAUGCUAUCACUGGCACAGGAAAUCACAGUAAAAACGGUAAAGACAAGGUCGGCAGGGCGAUCCGCAGCUUUCUCAACGAAUGGCGGUAUGCAUAUCGCGAAUUCUCUGUACCUGGUGAUAGAAACAGCAUGGGGGGCAUUCUUGGCAUUGACGCACGCAGCUGGGAUAAGUCCCUGGCGAGGGAGGCGGCGGCGGAGGCGGCGGAGGAGAAAGAAGAGGUUGAUAUCCUGAGUCAAGGCGUUGAGAUUGGCGACGGCAAGGUUAGACUGUUGGUGAGGGACCCUCCAAAGGGCCCCAGUGGCCGACGGUAA